GUGUUUGAGUCAAGCAUUGAUUGCAUUGAAUGAGUGGUCGAAACACUGAAACAGUUUUAUUUGCGUACAAAACGAGCGAAACGUAUAUUUACUGUGAGUUCGACUCAAAGACAACACAAAUUGUUGACUCAUUUCUAUUGAUUUCAAACCAAACGUUUGAUUGAAUACCAGAUUUAAGCGUCCGAUCGAUCGCUGCUCACCACUGAACUGAUCCAGUGAUCCACUUGUCAUCAACGAUGCCCAACAUUAAGCUGCAGAGCAGUGACGGAGAGGUGUUUGAUGUGGACGUAGAGAUCGCCAAACUGUCGGUCACUAUAAAGACAAUGUUAGAGGACUUGGGAAUGGAUGAGGAGGACGAAGAGGUGGUGCCGCUGCCGAACGUGAACUCAACGAUACUGAAGAAAGUGAUCCAAUGGGCGACCUAUCAUAAGGACGACCCGCCGACGCCCGACGACGACGAGAACAAAGAGAAGCGCACCGACGAUAUCAGCAGUUGGGACGCGGACUUCCUCAAAGUGGACCAGGGCACUCUCUUCGAGCUGAUCCUCGCCGCCAACUACCUCGACAUCAAAGGUCUGUUGGACGUGACGUGUAAGACAGUGGCCAAUAUGAUCAAAGGUAAGACUCCCGAAGAGAUCCGCAAGACGUUCAACAUUAAGAACGACUUCAACCCUCAAGAGGAAGAACAGGUCCGCAAAAAGACUCCCGAAGAGAUCCGCAAGACGUUCAACAUUAAGAACGACUUCAACCCUCAAGAGGAAGAACAGGUCCGCAAAGAGAACGAGUGGUGCGAAGAGAAGUAG